CGAUGAACAAGCCUCAUCGCGAGGCAUGGUUGGGACAAACUUGGCAGCGCAGGCGCAGUUGUCUUCCAUUCAAGGAGCUUGAUCUGAGAAAUCCGGUUCCAGGUCGCGCAGUAUUCUCAGUCGCACCGAAACGCGUGGCCUUGGCGGUCGGCACACCGACUGCCCGACCACAGCCGCGACUGCAACCGAACAACAUACGGUAUUCGUACCACACGGGUCCAUUCAAAGCACUGAGCCACUUCCCCAGAACUUCUCCGCAGCCCCCGACCCCAGGUUCCAUCUUUCUUGACCAGAUCUAAGAGGGAAACUGGUUUAGCGGCACUGUGUUCUUCCGAACCCGAAGAACGCCAGGGUGGUGGCGGUGGUGCGCAACGAGUAUGGUUUUGAGCCGACCGAUAUGGUACUUCGGCGAGCUCGGUGUUGGUGCGAUUCUUUCAGCGUCAGCCCUUAGGCGCACCUACGCCCUUUGCGAUGCCACCGAAGCGGAGGGUGCCCGAAAUCGAAACUCCCAACAAUUCAAAUAGCGUUGCCCCUCCCCGGCCCGAGGUCUUGGUGCCUGCAGCUCAGCCCGCUCCCGCCAAACGGCAGAGGGUGUCAAGGGCCUGCGACCAGUGCCGUGCGGCACGGGAGAGAUGCGAUGGCAAACAGCCUCAAUGUCAGCCUUGCAUAUCGCAAAGCAGGCCAUGUACCUACGAGGUGAGCCCUAAAAAGAGGGGCGUCCAGACUGGCUACAUUCGCACCCUUGAGCUCGCCCUCGGCUGGGUCUUUGAGAAGGCGCCUGGCAGCGAGGAGACUCUCAACGCUCUCCUCGCUCAAGAGGGUGACCAAGGGCUCCCACUCCUGACAGGAAGAGAUCCCGGCGGGGCGGACCGUCUGCAAAAAAGGUGGAGGAAAAGUAGGGUCCACAGAAGGAUAGACCGCAUCCUCUCUGGAGAAACGGCGCUCUCGCCUGGCAGGGGCGCACUCUCUCCGUCGGCAGAUGCAACCGAUACGGAAGGCGACGCAGCUCGAGCACGCGGCGAGCCUGAUAUGGUUGUGCCAGACGCCGAAUCCGCCACCCAGGGCACCCCGAGAUCCAGGGGAAUGAGUUUUGGGCAAUGCCCACCGGGCGCCGAACGGCCCGGCCAGACGCCAGCGAACAACACGUCUCAACCCCUCCAACCGGCGCCGGGGCGUCUUCAGCUCCCCGCCAACCACUGGCGCUUACUGGACGUAUAUUUUUCUUAUACCCAUUCUUGGUUACCCAUUCUCCAAAAGCAGGACUUAUUCCAGGCUUCAUAUGCCUACCCAGACGACGGUCUCACGAUUGACCCAAGGGACGAUUCAUUAGGGGUCCAUUCCGUUCUAUGGGCAGCUUUGGCAUUGGCAUCCUCCCAGGAUGCUGGCAGCUCCAAGCCCUCUGCGUCACCAUACACCCACCCGCCUGAACUUUCCCCAAGCGACGUUUAUGAUAUUGCCCGAGGUCUUCUCCCAUCAGAGCACGGGCCGUUUCAAACCCACCAUGCUCGUGCCUUCCUGCUGCUCAGCUUGGUUAAUAUGGCACACGAUAAGCUGACCAGUGCUGGAUUGUUGAUUGGUUCUGCUACCCGCAUUCUCCUCGACCCCGAUACUAUCCAGCAUGGCGCUCAAGAUCAAGACGGGCAGAGCAUAGGGCUGGCCCUGAUGUCUUGUUUCCUGGUCGACACGAUUCUUUCGGUCCGAUGCAGCGGACCACCGCAUUUGAGGGCUGAAGACCUCAAUGCCUUGCCACUGGUUUCCGAGACCGGACCCGAUCAGUGGGAACCGUGGACGCCAUGCGACGGUUUCGGGCUCGGAAACGGGGGUUCCAGUUCGUCCCGAAGCCCUGCGUUCCGCCUAAGCACCUUUAACCAACUUUACGCCAUAGUCAAAGUUGUCGCAGAAGAGAGAACGAUGAGGAGGCAGGGAUCGAUGCCGCGAGGGGCGCCGAGCGCGUUCGCCACGCAACUGCAGCAGGCGAUAGACCCAAAUCUGCCCAUUAGCAACUUUGUCGUCUCGCCAGACUGUGGGACCAUCUCGGUUCCAACGCCCUAUUUGGUCCGGGCGACCUAUCUCUGGGCUCGCGCUCUUGCUGAACCCCAUGCGGAGACGCCUUUGCUCUUGCUCCAGGUCACAUUGGAUCAAUACCAGCGGCAAUUCGGGCGGUCCAGCACGCCGUCUUUUCUUUCCACGUGUAUCGCAUCACUUGCAAACGAGGAAUACGCCCUCCGUUGCGGCGAACGGAACCGAGAAUUGUCGCAGCGUCUGGUCACGAGCUUUUCCUCUAGGCAGCCUGCGGGUAGGGGGCCUUCGAGCGUUCGCGGCACACAGCACAACUCCUUCUCUCGAACUACGCAAGAUCCGCUGGAGUCCCCGAAUUCAGCUCGCUCUUCCGCCCCAAGCAACCCUCUGAUGAACUACCCAGACCCCUCCAUGCCGCUCCUCUACAAUGCCCCUACCGCAAGCCACCACCGGCAGCCAGACCCCCGUAACAGGGGAUACGGCUCAUUCUUAAACACAAACAUGGGGCUCUACCAAAACGCAUUCCCCAACUCGUCGAUACCAAUGCCCCAGGGCAGCAGCGACAUACACACCCACCACUCCGGACCCACCAUGGCCACGAUGCCGGGGAUAUCCACAACGGCGGCGGCAGCAGCUUCAACGCACCGUGAUCUUGCGCCGUCGUACCCUCUCAUCCCUUCCGCGGGGCUCGGGCCCAGUCCUGACGUGGAUGCGCUGCUGGACGACCUUGCGGCGAUUGAAUACGCUGAUGCGGUGGAUGUCGACUCGCAGUUUAUGACCAACCUUGGAUUUGCGCCGGGGUGCGAUAUCACGGAGAUUUUGACGCGCGGGUUUGGAGGGGCAUAAGUACACGAGUUACCUAGAUAACUUGGAUGUUUGUAGCUUAUUUUUUUUUAAGAAGCUAAUUUUGUUGUGCAUUGUUGCAUUGAAGAUGGUUUUAGUUGGGCUUUUUGGAGCUUUAUUGGUGAUAGUAAUGUGUCGUCAAAAUGCGACAACAGCUCUCACUCAUCAAAAUUCUGUGGUGGGUCCGAAGAGGGGUGGUAUGGUUGUGUGGUGUUUGCGUG